UCCAGCCCAAAGGCAGAGAGAGGCAGAGCUGUGUGCUCUUUGCUCUGUCUGCGCCUCAGUUGCGCGAUCGUUCCGUGCAAAUAGGAGGAAGGACUGCAGCAGCAAGAGCAUCAAUAACAGCAAAGCUGGCUGGAUCGGUGGGAGUGAUGGAGGAUGCUGAGAAAGGGGGCCGAGGGAAGAGGGACCCCAUCAAGAUCGGAGAGGGUUCCUACACCGGCCUUGGUUUCUGCGGAUGGAUCUUGGUCAUCUUCUCCUUUUUCUUGGUUGUCGUGACUUUCCCCUUAUCUGUCUGGCUGUGCAUAAAGAUUGUCAAGGAAUAUGAGCGAGCCAUCAUCUUUCGGCUUGGACGCAUCCUGAAAGGAGGGGCGAAAGGACCAGGUCUGUUUUUCGUCCUGCCGUGCACAGACAACAUUAUCAAAGUGGACAUGAGGACCAUAUCAUUCGAUAUCCCACCGCAGGAAAUCCUCACCAAAGAUUCAGUUACUGUAAAUGUGGACGGUGUGGUUUAUUACCGAGUUCAGAACGCCACCCUGGCUGUGGCAAACAUCACCAAUGCGGACUCGGCCACCCGGCUCCUGGCUCAGACCACCCUGAGGAACGUUCUGGGGACCAAGAACCUCUCUCAGAUCCUUUCAGACCGAGAAGAAAUUGCUCACAGCAUGCAGCAAACUCUGCUUAUGUCUCUGAACAGUGUGACCUCUCACCUCACAUUUAAACAGGCCACACUAGAUGAUGCCACGGACGACUGGGGGAUAAAGGUGGAGCGUGUGGAGAUCAAGGAUGUGAAGCUACCGGUCCAGCUCCAGAGAGCCAUGGCUGCCGAAGCAGAAGCGACCCGUGAAGCCAGAGCAAAGGUCAUAGCAGCGGAGGGUGAAAUGAACGCCUCCAGAGCCCUGAAGGAAGCUUCCAUAGUCAUCACAGAGUCUCCGGCGGCCCUCCAACUCCGCUACCUGCAGACCCUGACCACCAUCGCCGCCGAGAAGAACUCCACCAUCGUGUUUCCGCUGCCCAUUGAUAUGCUGCAAGGCAUUGUGGGGAUGAAACAUUAACUAAGCAAUAGAUCUGGACAGAGGGAGAUGAUGCUUGCACUUGUUGGAAAGCGCAAGGUAGUCUUGGAGGGAGGAGAAAUCGUUUCUGUGCCAUGUUGGCAUGCAUCUCUUGUGACCAUGGCAAUCUGGAUCCCUCUGAGGCUCAACACAAUCCAACCUUGCAUUUAAUUUGGGCUGCCUUGUUGGAAUCCCUCAUUCUUUCUAUCUUUCCCUCCAACACUCCCUUCAUUUUAAUAGACAGCUUUGGGAUGCCUGCAUCUCUCCAAAAUUUGGAGAGGAAGGGUCAAAACAUUUCUCAGCAUCUCCACUGAGUGCGAGAUUGGAUGCAUUUGAAAGUUAGUCUCCUCUCUCAUGGGAAACAUAUUCUCAUCUGAGACUCAGUAGUGGAACUUUCCGCUCCUGUCUUGCCACAUCAGAGAGGCUGGAAUGUACACACUGUAGUUAUGGAGACAAUAUGCUUGUAGCUACGCAGUUUGAGGGUAUUCUUUUUUUGACGAGUGUUUGUCUUGUGUGCAAGCUAACACAAUGAUUUUGCAAGCAAAAGAAGAAGAAGAAAGUAUGCCUUUGAUGCCUUCCUUUAUAAAAACACGGCAACGAUACAACUCUACCAAGCUUCUUAAUUUUUAAAGACAACUACCUAUUUUGUUUUCUUUUUCUAACAAGGGCAGGGGAAUGAAAAGUUCCAUUGCCAUGAAACCCUGCUGUGCCUUUCAGUCUAUAACUUUGCUUCAUUCUGUAUUUAAUUUUAUGGGGGGGAAGUGUAGACAAUGUUGGUGAUACUGCAUUAUUUAUAUCAAGUGUCGGUCCCGAGUGGUCUUUCUUCCAUGAAAGAAAAAAACAAUGGUAGCCAAUGCAUUUAAAGCCAGUUGAAGACUAAAUAUCUCAUAAAACUACAAACCCUAGUAUUCCAUUGCAUAGAACCGUGGCACAUAAAGCAGUGACAAAUUGCAUUAGUUUUGCAAUGUAGGAAACAGAUGGCAACAUGUCUAGAGUUGGGUGCUCUGCCUCCCACACGAUCCAAGAACCACUUGCAAUAAUGGCUUGUGCAAAGUCCUAGAAUUACAUCCUUGAGAAUCUUGUUUUAUGAUUAAGAUCUGGUUUAAUUCUGAAUUACCAGACUGGAAUAUCGCAUAACCUUCUUCCAGAAAGAUAGAUUCCCAACAACAUGCGACACUUGUUCAAGGCCUGUCUAGUUCUAAUGCUGCGUGUAAACAUGUUGCGUGUAAAUGCAAAUCUUUAUUUUUAAAAAAUGUUAUUAUUUACAUGUUUGUGCUCCUAAUAAAAGUGUGUUUUCUUUUCA